GAUGGAAGAGCCAGAGAUGGAAGAGCCAGUGAUGGAAGAGCCAGAGAUGGAAGAGCCAGUGAUGGAAGAGCCAGAGACGGAAGAGCCAGUGAUGGAAGAGCCAGUGAUGGAAGAGCCAGUUAACGAAGAACCGGCAGUGCAAGAGCCAGUUGUCGAAGAGCCAACAAUAGAAGAAGAAAUGGAUGUCGACGUGCCAAUGGAUGAAGUGUCAUCAGAGACGGUUUCACCUGUAGUUGUUAUCCAAAGAGAGACACGGUCUACACGGUCCUCUUCUCAACAAUUGGACAAUGCACGACCAAAGAUUGUGCAAUCACUCAAACCUAAAGCUCCUAUUGAGCGAAAGAAAAUGGAUGGAGAAAACAGCAAGAUACAAGAAGAGGUGAAGCUGCAAGAAAAGAAUAAGGCCAAAACACUGGAGAAGACCAAUGUUCAGAAAAAGGCUCCAGUCGAAGAAAAUGGCCAGGAACAAGAAAAGGAAAAAAUCGUAACUUUUCAACAUGGAGAACUUGUUUGGGGUCGCGUAUAUGGAUUUCCUCCUCACCCAGCUCUUAUUACAGACCCUAAAAGAAAACGCGGUAUCCCUAAAAGUGUAACUUCACUGAAAGCUGAACAAGCUAAUAAAGUGCUUGUAGAAUUUCUUCAAGUGAGCGAAGCACAUACAUGGGGUUGGAUGGCGAAAGAAGACAUUUAUCCAUUUGGCAACAAAGAUUUGGAUAUCAAGAUGCUGCAUUAUGCUAAAAAGACAAGGAAGCCUCAUCGUAUUAGGGAAGUCAAGACAGGAUAUACUUACGCCUGUGGCCUAAUUCAUAUUGAUCCUUUGCCACAGCUAAAACAAGUGUUCCCAAAAGCUUACCUUCAAAAAUGAAAUAAAAACUUGAUAAGAGCCUUGUUGGUCAAUGCAUUGUCAGGCUUCAAUAAAAAAGCAUUUGAAUCUCCACCCUACCAAAAGAAAAAUGAUAC